AUGUUGGAAUCAAAGGAUGCCGUCCUCGUGGCUACAAGCCUUGUGCUUGCUGUUUCCACCAUCGUCUCUGUGACGAUCGAGUUGGAGAGGCAAUUGGCGACCGUUGGGCGGUUGACCGCCAGCAAAUGGUUUUUGGUACUGAGUGCGUUCUUCGCUCUGCUGAUGACCUCGAUCGUCUGUGCAGCCGCGGCCAAAGGGCUCGGAGCUUCCAUCACUCCUGUCGAGUUCCUCACCAGAGAAACUCUGCAAAAACUCAUCGUUGCGGCCUUUCCCCCUUAUUUCCUGUGCAACAUGUUCGUCAAACACGCAUGGUUGACGUUCUACUACGGCCUGGCACAGACUCGUGCCCAGAGAUAUUUUAUCCACUUCAUGCAGUUUUCUGCCUUUGCCUUUGGCCUCAGUUCUGUGUUCGUCGUAUUGCUGCAAUGCAUCCCAUUGAGCUACACCUGGCGUCAAUACCAAGAUCCGACUGGCGAGCUCGAGAAGGGGAAGUGCAUCAGCUUGUUAUCCUACUUCUAUUUCAAUGCCAGCUUCAUGAUUGCCAAUGAUGUGGUCAUGUACCUGAUACCGAUGGUAUUGCUGUGGAAGGUCGAAACACUUCGUGAACACCGGUGGAGCCUAUACGCGUUGUUCGCUGUCUGUUUCGUUGUCAUCUUGGCUAGCAUCUUUCGACUCGUCGCCGUCUACGAAAUUGAUACUUCGCCCAACAGCCUCUCAGAAAACUACGCGCUGGUCUUCAUCUGGGCGGGCGUGGAGAACCACAUCGGCAUCUGCGCCGCCUGUGCGGGUGCACUCAAGGCGAGAGUGUGCAUGACUUAUCGACGAGUCAAGAUGCUUUCCGUCGACCUACGCAACAAGUCGUGGCUUGCCUCCGUGUCGGCACCUGGUUCCGCAUCGACAUCGACGGGCUCACGAACAGACACUGCUACCCGAAGCCAGAUCACAGAGGAGCGAACCCUCUACGAGCGAACGAGCAGUCUACCGUCGUUGCACUUGGCCGGACCCAUCUCGUUCGACAAAGGGCCCACAGGCACAGUCACGGAGUUGGUCGACAUCCAACAGCCCAAGUCGGCGUAUUCCUCGGCCUCACAUUCGCGAGCGACGUCCGAGGACAGUCAGACUUCAACGCUUCAACAAAAGUAA